AUGUCAAAGGGUUUCGGUGCAUUAGAGAGGGGCGAGAGAGGCGCGGGGUUCGCAGGCGGCCACCUGUUCGGCGAGCGCCCGUCGCCCCCACGGCCCUGCGCCCGCCGCUGCCUCUGCCGCCCCCCGCCGCCGCCCGGCACCCUCGAUGCGCGCGCUUCGCCCUUCCCUCCAGUCAUUCGUUUUGCGACGCGUUGUCUCGCCGGCCGGCUUCCGCUUCAUUCGCCCGGGCUCAUUCGUACCGCGUACGCUCCCCGUAGCACCCGAUAG